CCGUAGAAACAAGGCCAACGUCGCUCACGGAAAUCAAUCGACCAACCAGUAAUAAUGGCGGCGCGCAACGGAGCCCCUCCGGCAAAGCUGCCGAUGUCGGGGCCACAGAUCUGCAAGCCUUUCGUCGGGCCGCUCACGGUGACCAAGAAGGCGUUCGGCCUCUCAGUCGGGGACUACAACGUCACCGACGCGAGCGGCGUCGUCGUGCUGCGGGUCAAGGGCGAGUUCUUCAGCAGCAGACGCCGCCGAGUCGUCCUGGACGCCGACGGGAGGCUCCUCCUAACCAUGCGAGGAAAGGCAUUCAGCUUUCACAGUAGCUGGGAAGUGUUCAGAGGGGGCAGCACAAAUGGAAGUAAUUUGCUUUUCACAGUUAAGAGAUCUUCAGUGAUCCAACUGAACGCAAGCUUGGAUAUCUUCUUGGCUGCUAACAGAGCGGAGAAGGUCUGUGAUUUCAAGAUCAAGGGUAGCUACUUCAACAGAUCAUGUGCAUUCUAUCAUGGUACCACUAACAUCAUGAUAGCUCAAAUGAACCGUCAGUUUGUACUGCUUGGGAAGGACUCGUGUACUGUUACUAUAAUUCCAAACGUUGACCACGCGUUCAUCACAUCUCUUGUUGUGAUUCUGGAUGAGAUAAACCAGUAGAGCCCAUGGUGAGGCUGGAAAGACACACUCUAAUCAAAUGGUUGCUGCAAGUUCCGAAAUAUCAGGUCGAGGUUUUCCUUUUUGACUUGUGAAGUUGUAUAGUAAUACUGUAUAGCCACUUUCAUUUUGGUCACUUGUUUGCAGUUUUAUACUGCAACAAAGGUUUCUUGUUUGAGAUUUCGUAUCGCAUGGUAUAGGCCGUGUAUACGCUAUGUUGACUUCUGAAUGUAAUCCUUUUC